GUGACCGCGCUGCGGGUCUGGUACCUAGGGCGCGCCUCCUGGGCGCGGGGAGCGAGGUUACCUGCGCUCUAGGUUACUAGCUCCGCGAACGGCGGCGGGCCGCGGCGCCUCCGGGCUCGUAGGGAGGUGGCCGAACCUUCCGGUCCUGCAAGCUGGUUCUAAGCGCGGGGCCUGACAACUCCAGCACACAGGAUCCAGGGUCGCGCCCUUGUACCGGCCUUGGGUGGGACGGCGGGGAGCGCGGGUGGCGCGUGCGCGGCCCUGCUCUGUCCGGGCCGCUGGGGUGGAAGUCACGUCGCGAGCUUCUUUCUGGGAAGAAGGGUCCCGCCCCGGCGAGUGUCCGGAGCGGUCUGAGCGGGGCGCCGGGCCUCCUGCCCGGGAGCGGGGAGUAGGACGAUCACCUGUGAGGCCUGACCCAGCUCGGCCUGCGAAGUUCUCCGGAAACACCGCCUGACAGUUGCCUGCCUGUGCCGUGCGCGAAUACAGGCUAUUUUACUUCAAAUAAAGAACAUGGUGAAACUAGUUCAUACAUUAGCUCAUCAUGGUGAUGAUGUCAAUUGCUGUGCCUUCUCCUUCUCCCUCUUGGCUACUUGCUCAUUGGACAAAACAAUUCGCCUGUAUUCCUUAAGUGAUUUUACUGAAUUGCCCCAUUCACCAUUGAAGUUUCACACCUAUGCGGUCCACUGCUGCUGUUUCUCCCCUUCAGGACAUGUUUUGGCAUCAUGUUCAACAGAUGGAACUACUGUUCUGUGGAAUACUCAAAAUGGACAGAUCUUGGCAGUCUUAGGACAGCCAGGCAGUAGCCCCGUGAGGGUUUGCUGCUUCUCCCCAGACUCGUGUUGUUUGGCAUCAGGGGCAGCUGAUGGAACUAUUGUUUUGUGGAAUGCACAGUCUUACAAGGUGUAUAGAUGUGGUAGUGUUAAGGAUGGCUCCUUGGUAGCCUGCACCUUUUCUCCUAAUGGAAAGCUCCUUGUCACUGGCUCUUCAUGUGGAGAUUUAACAGUGUGGGAUGAUAAAAUGAGGUGUCUGCAUAGUGAAAAGGCUCAUGAUCUUGGGAUUACCUGCUGCGAUUUUUCUUCACAGCCAAUCUCUGAUGGAGACCAAGAUUUUCAGUGCUUUCGAUUGGCAUCAUGUGGUCAGGAUUGCCUAGUCAAAAUUUGGAUUGUUUCUUUUACCCAUGUCUUAGGUUUAAAACUGAAACAUAAAAGUACACUGAGUGGGCACUGUGCUCCUGUUCUGGCUUGUGCCUUUUCCCAUGACGGGAAGAUGCUAGUUUCAGGGUCAGUGGAUAAGUCUGUCAUAAUAUAUGACACUAAUACUGAGAAUGUACUUCACACAUUGACUCAGCACACCAGGUAUGUCACAACUUGUGCCUUUGCACCCCGUACCCUUUUACUUGCUACUGGCUCAAUGGACAAGACGGUGAACAUUUGGCAGUUUGACCUGGAGACAAUUUCCCAAGCAAGGAGCCCGGAAGAUCAGCUGAAGCAGUUUACUGAAGAUUGGUCAGAAGAAGAGGUCUCAAUGUGGCUUUGUGCACAAGGUUUACAAGACCUUGUUGGUAUUUUCAAGAUGAAUAACAUUGAUGGAAAAGAACUGUUGAAUCUUACAAAAGAAAGUCUGGCUGAUGACUUGAAAAUUGAAUCUCUAGGGCUGCGAAGUAAAGUGAUGAGGAAAAUUGAAGAGCUCAAGACCAAGAUGAAUUCUCUUUCUUCUGGAAUCCCUGAUGAAUUUAUAUGUCCAAUAACCAGAGAACUUAUGAAAGAUCCUGUAAUUGCAUCAGAUGGCUAUUCAUAUGAAAAAGAAGCAAUCGAAAAUUGGAUCAGCAAAAAGAAACGCACAAGUCCCAUGACAAAUCUUGUCCUUACUUCAGUGGUACUUACACCAAACAGAACUCUGAAAAUGGCCAUCGACCGAUGGCUGGAGACACAUCAAAAAUGAAGUUGUUGGGCUGGAUGUGGUGGUACAUAUUUGUAACCCCAGCUUCUUUCUUGAGAAGCAGAGGUAGGACUGCUUGAUUGCCUUACUCAAGGCCAGCCUGAGGAAAGUUGAUGCAAGGCCCUAUCUGAAAGACAAGCUGCAAAAGGACCAGGAGCAUGGCUCAGGUAAUAUAUAGCUUGCUAGCAAGUACAAGGUCCUGAGUUCAAACCCCAAUACUACAACAACAACCAAAAAUAAAAUUAGUGUUUACCUUUACAUCAUUUAAAACAAUAUCACUAAGUGUGGAUUAUUAAAA